UCUUGUCAUCACCAACAUGAAGCGACCUUCCUUCUUCUUCCUCUCAUUCCUCCUCUUCUCCUCUUUGCAUUCCUCAAUCACUUCAGCCCAGUCACGUGCUGCGUCACCUGAACCCCCUGCAAAGCCUUCCCCUGCUUCUCCAGCGCUAGCUCCGGCGAAAACAUUACUCCCCACGCUGCCCCAAUCACCUUCUUCCGACGCUUCCGAUUUUUCUUCCGAUGACAUCAUUAAAAUCCUACGAAAAGCGAAAUCUUUCAGUUUCCUGAUCCGAUUACUGAAAACAACCCAGAUAAUCAACCAGAUUAAUUCUCAGCUCAUCACCACAAAGUCUGGGGGAUUGACCAUUCUUGCUCCCAAUGACGGUGCCUUUUCGCAACUCAAAGCAGGGUUCCUGAAUUCUCUGGACGACAACCAGAAGAUCGAACUCUUGCAGUCCCACGUGUUCUCCACUUACGUGUCGAGCUCCAACUUUGAUUCUCUGACGAACCAUGUUCGGACGCUGGCCGAAGACAGCCCCACGAGGUUGCAGUUGAACGUGACAGCUUACGGGAGCAGUGUGAAUAUUUCGACGGGUGUGGUGAAUGCCACGAUCACCGGCGUUGUGUAUUCCGAUAAGCAGCUUGCGAUUUAUCAUGUGGACAAGGUGCUUCUUCCUUUAGACUUCUUUCAGCCAAAGCCACCAGCUCUGGCGCCGGCUUUGGCGAAGGCACCUAAAGCCAGUAAAGAUGAAUCUUCGGAAGAAGAUGGGGUUCAGACAACCAAGCACAACUCCGUUGCCGUCAGUGUUCAAGGAACAUCCAUGGUUUCCGUUGGAGUUGCUUUAGUUGCGGUAGCGUCGAUGUUGUCCUGAAAAAUACUCGUGUCCAGAAGCUACCUUUAAAUCUAGUUGCUUGAUUUUCUUAUCUUAUGGUAUUUAUCUCGUGUGAUUUCAACAGCAAUCGCAUAGGAUUGAUGUGAUUUUGUUUGCGGUUUCAAACCGUUGAGA